UAGCGCACAUCGCGCGCGCCUCCAGCUCGCGCCAGUUGGGAGAGCAGCGCGCGGACUCCCGAGUUUGUCCGUUAUGAGGCGGACAGGUCUGUUUGUGUUUCCCCUUUCAGCCCCCAGCUGCUAUGAGGAAAGCGGGUGUUUCUCAACUCGCACCUGAGGCUCAGGCCGAAUAAAAACACGCUUUUUUUUUAACAGAAGAACUGUUGUGAAACUUUACCCGGGAGAGACAUGGCGUCUAUCGGGGACUUCGACCCGCUUAACACCAGCGUCCCUGCCACCAAAAUAGAAGUGACCGUGUCGUGCAGAAACCUACUGGAUGUGGACACCUUCUCCAAGUCUGAUCCAGGUCUUUUGUGGAAAUCCGUGCAGAUUUAACUACUGGCAUCUCAAAGAUGUUAUUCAACCAUGUUGCCAGAGAGUGUGCCUAAAAGAUUCACUGGGGUCACUGGAGAAAUUGAUUGCAUGUAUGCUGUAACCUGGUGUCCCACUGUCAGACCAAGCAGAGUUUCUAGUUUUCCUCUCAAUCAGUCACAUUUCAUAAAUGUGGACACCAGAGCCACUUGGCAUUGCCCUUUCUCCCGGCUUCAUCUUCAUCACAAUCAGAUAGUUGUUGUCCUAUACGUGCAAGGAAUUGGGACAAAGGAAUGGAGAGAGUUUGGUAGGACCGAAAUGAUUGAAAACACUCUGAACCCAGACUUUGUGAGGAAAUUUGUUUUGGAUUACUUCUUUGAGGAGAAGCAGAACCUCCGAUUUGACGUGGGUAUCCCAGGCAAGAAAUGCGGGAACAUCGUAUUUACAGCAGAGGAGCUCAGCAAUUGCAGGGAUAUUGCCACCAUGCAGCUCUGUGCCAACAAGCUGGAUAAGAAAGAUUUCUUUGGGAAAUCGGACCCUUUUCUGGUGUUCUACCGCAGCAACGAGGAUGGCACGUUCACCAUCUGCCAUAAAACAGAGGUGAUCAAAAAUACUCUGAAUCCCGUGUGGCAGCCCUUCACCAUCCCUGUACGUGCUCUGUGUAACGGAGAUUAUGACAGAACAGUUAAAGUCGAUGUCUACGACUGGGACCGGGAUGGAAGUCACGAUUUUAUUGGCGAGUUUACCACCAGCUACAGGGAGCUGUCUCGAGGCCAGAGCCAGUUUAAUGUUUACGAGGUCCUCAACCCCAAAAAGAAAGGCAGGAAAAAGAAAUACAUAAACUCUGGCACAGUAACGCUUUUGUCCUUCAAAGUGGAAUCAGAGUACACUUUUGUGGACUUUAUUAGGGGCGGGACUCAGCUCAACUUCACAGUAGCCAUAGACUUCACUGCUUCCAACGGUAACCCAUCCCAGCCCACAUCUCUCCACUACAUGAGUCCGUAUCAGAUGAAUGCCUACGCAAUGGCGUUAAAAGCAGUUGGUGAAAUCAUUCAAGAUUACGACAGUGACAAACUCUUCCCUGCUUAUGGGUUUGGGGCUAAAAUUCCUCCUGAUGGAAACGUCUCACAUGCUUUUCCUCUGAACUCGGACUGCGAGAAUGCUAAUUGUGUGGGAAUCGAGGGAGUCCUGGAAGCUUAUUACGAAUGUCUGCGGACAGUGCAGCUCUACGGACCCACGAACUUCGCUCCCGUCAUCAGCCAGGUGGCAGAGGCCGCAGCAGGUGUGACGGACGGCUCGCAGUACUUUGUGUUGCUCAUGAUCACAGAUGGAGUCAUCUCCGACAUGGUGCAGACUAAAGAGGCCGUGGUCAAUGCUUCCUCCCUGCCCAUGUCAAUCAUCAUUGUUGGGGUGGGGCCUGCCGAGUUUGAUGCGAUGGAGGAGUUGGAUGGUGACGAGAUUCGGGUGUCCUCUCGGGGCCGCGUCGCCGAACGGGACAUUGUUCAGUUUGUGCCAUUCAGGGACUACAUUGACCGCUCGGGAAAUCAGGUGCUCAGCAUGGCUCGUCUGGCCAAGGAUGUACUGGCUGAGAUCCCGGAGCAGCUGCUGUCUUUCAUGAAGAGCCGUGGCAUCGAACCCAGACCUGCGCUGUCCCACUCUCCUACACCACAUAUCCACAUACACCUCUGAUUCCAGAUCACGCUCCUGUUCACACUGCAGAUUAGCUGGAUAUAAUACCUUUAUAUUCAUCCAAUCCUGACUGAAAUAAUAACUCUAUACUAUAGUCUAGUUGUAUGUGGUUGCGUCAUCCUUUGUUGGUAAUGAUCACCUUGUUCGUCAUCGGUUUGCACUUACUCAGGUUUGAAAUAACGUCUCGUCGUUUACGGACGUACGUACGGCGAUCUCUGUAUGGCUCUCCCACAGUCUCUACGUGCUGUAAGUGUGUGUCUACGAUGGACGGUUUAACAUGCACACUUGCAGGUAUGUCUUUAACAUGUAGUGCAGCACCUAAUGGUUAUUCAUUUGAUUUCUGUUUCCUUCUUCAGGUGUUUAGCCUUCCCUCUCAAUCGCUCUGCCUUCCUUUUUCUUUUUCUUUUCCCAGUCCCUGUAGGAUUUCGCGAUUUUGCGAUCGCAGGAAUGAACGCAAACUCAAGCAAACGCCACAAUAUUCUGAGGAGUUUGCGAUUUUUCUAAUUUUACCGCAGAUUUUCUGCAGAUCUGGACCAAGACACGUCAUGUGACGUCAUCACAACACGUAUUCGGCUAAAAGCCCUCUUCGUUUCACGUGUAUCGUACAGCUGAUCAUGAGUUUAGCCAAAAGGUCUCAAUGCAUCACUGCAAAAGUCCGUGCAAUUCCGCCAAUUCGAGUAGUUUUCCGCAAGUCGCAUCGUAGAUUUUGAAAAAGUCGUGGUAAAAUCAAGCAUUCCUGUCUGUUUUCCUCUAAAAACAGCGUACGAACUCGUAUCCGUUCGCCCUCUACCCAUCCAGAGAGCACAAGCGGUGUAAAUAAGUGCGGCUAUUUCUAAGCGGAAGUUUUACAAACAGCAAUUAAACAGACACUGUUGAGAAAGAGAAGAGAAAGUGUUCCGUUACAAUUAUUCCAUAGGAAUGUGUCAACAAUUAUAUUUCUACAUUUACUUCCGUUGCAUUAGAAAUGCUGCUACAUUUAAUGUUGCGGAAAGAAGUCAGUUCCUGUUAUCACUUGUGAUAUGACGGGUAUAAACAUUCCUUCAUUCCUUCAACAUCAACAGCCUCUUGUUUUCUCUCGAGACAAAAAAAUAAUAACAAUGCAGCUUGUCAUUUUACUGAGAAACCGUCAAGUGCAAAAUCAUCUCCCCUGAACACGUUCCCUCUGGAGGAAAGCUUGAAGGAACGGUUUACUGUCUGACUGUCUGAAGUCUUCACCAGAAUGUGUUCAACUCGGUUAAACAACACAUUUUAAAUGAAGAAACGUGUUUAAUUGUUAAAUGUAAAUGAUGCGAGUAUCUGCCGUGCAAGACGUGACGAGUUAUUUGAUAAGGUAACGUUUUACACUUAACGAUACUGUUCCAUAAAUAAAAGGCCCCCUAAGCAGCAACAAAUGAAUAGUUUUAAAUCUUAUACGUUACACCUUUUAACUACUACGAACUAAUAUGUAUUCAUCGUUUCUAUGAUACAACCGUGUACACGUGCAGGCUAUUGUUGCCCAUUUCUUUUUUUAUAGGACUUGACUGGCUAAAUAAAAACAACACACUGACCCUGUAA